CGACAGUCCUUUUAGUGCACGUGGUCAGCGCAUCAGUACAACAGAGAAAGUAGACCGUGGUGAUGACAGAAAGUCGAAGUCAAAGCGUGGCUCGAACGGAGAACCAUGGAAGGAACAGGCUCGAAAAGAAGUAGAGGAUGUAGAGAGCCACCACUUCCAAGACGAACCAUCAGAACUACAAGCGCC